UUAGAGGCGGAUAUUCAAUUUGUUGCACCGGCACAACGUGAAAUUGACGCUUACGUGAUGAAUGGCAUACCUGUUUAUGCAUAUUCAUUUAAUUAUUUCCCAAAAUCAGCAAUUUAUGAGGAAGAACAAAAGAAAUAUAGCAUUUUUGGCCAGGAAACAUUGAAAGUGAAACGGAAAGAACUUCAAAUACGACGUUUGAAUUUUACUUUAAAAAAAAAGUUACUCUCAGAAAUAGCAAGAGAAAUAUAUCCGAGAUAUCGCAAAUGUUUAAUAUUAAUAACUUGUUUUUGUAUCUGA